AUGAUUUCAGUUCUACCGGCGUGUUUGGCACUCUACACGACUAAAGAUGAUGUGAUUGAGUUGACUUCUUCAAACUUUCAAAAUAGGGUCAUUAACAGCGAUGAAGUUUGGAUCAACGGCCAUAAGUUGCCGGUAACUGUGUCCGAGGUUGCCGGGUCGGAGACAGUUUGGAGAGCGCCGGAGACUAGAUACGACCAGCAACGCCAGCAACCUAGGUAA